AUGAGCCCACUUGUGAGAUGCGUCUGCAAAAUGAGGCAAGAAUACAUCUGCCAUCCUGAUAGUUCCCUUUUGGCCCAGCUGAAGGGGGCCUUAAACUCUGGAGUUGAGUAUUACUGGGACCAGCUGAAUGAGACCGUCUUCACUGUGCAUUCCAACAGUAGGAGCACUGAGCGGCCUGGAACUAGUCGAGUCACAUGGAGGACAGACAGGGACAUGGGCCUAAUGAAUGCCAUAGGCCUGCAGCCACGUAACCCCACCACCUCUGUUACAUCACAGGGCACCCAGACUCUGGCUCCUCAGCUGCAAAAUGCAGAGACACAGACUGAGAGGGAAGUUCAGGAGCCAGGAGUUGCUGCCUCAGGGACUACAGAGGGUGGUCCAGAAUAUGGGGCUACUGGAGAGGAUUCCCUGACCAGGAUCCAGAGGUUGAUGGCUGAAGGUGGCAUGACUGCUGUGGUCCAGCGGGAGCAAAGCACUACCAUGGCAUCCAUGGGGGGUUUUGGCAACAACAUCAUUGUGAGUCAUCGCAUCCACCGCAGUUCUCAGACUGGUGCUGAAUCAACUGGAGCAGAUGGUGGCACAGCUCAGCCAUCCACUUCACAGGAGCUGGUAGCUGAGCUAGAGGGACGGACCCUUUCAGAGUCCAUGCAGGUGACAGAGCGUGGCUUGAGCCCACGGACCUCCUCUGAUGAUAUCAUCGAGGGAGAAGAAGCUAGUGGGCAGAGCUUGUUGGAGCAGGCUCAGUCCUCAAUGGACACUGAGGGACCAAUUGAGUACAGUGACCUAACUAAUAACAACCAUCUUCCUGAUAAUACCAACUUCUAUAGUAAUGAUAGCACCAGUGGAGAAUCUCGGAACAGGUAGAGAUGAAUUAUAUGUUGGUGCUACCCUUGUACUGCUAAGCAGAGACUUGUACCUCACAGCUAACCAGGAACUGGAAGAGUAGGGGGAUUUUGACUCCAACCAGAUGCUGGUAAUUCAGAGGGCAUUGUUUUACAGGGGUGGGAAAUGAGAGGAAGACCAUCAAUUGUAUAGGAAGACUCUUGAAGAGGUUUUAUUCUGUGUCUUAGCUUCCUGCAUCCGUUUUGCUGCACAUUUUCUACAAUAGCUGUAAUAAACCUUGAUAUUCAGCUGAGCCUUAUGUAAAUUUCUCAGCUCACUGGCUACUGGAAUCCAUUAAGCUUUGCCCUAACCCUGCAGUGCUUUUAAUGUUACUCUUUGUUUUGGUUUUGUUUGUUUUAUUUUUUUAAUUAAUGGUUUCUCCUAUUUUGACCUACCAGAUGAACUGAUAAAGGGGGCUGUAGUCUCCUCCUUUGGAGGCCUACAACCUUAUUCAACGUGUACAUUUCUUUAAGUGCUACUGUGGAGGGGCUUUGCACCCCAGCUCUGCUACCAGAGUGGAUUUAUCUUCCAGCCAGAGUUCCAAUCCCAUGCUGCUGGCGAGUAAGAGCUAGGUGACUCUUCAGAUGUGCAGCAUCUGGGUGGCUUGAAAGACUGCAGGCUGGUUAAGGCAAAGUAGUCUUCUCGAGGACUCUGUUCCACUCUUUUCCAGCCCAGGACGGGAGGUGGGAGAGCUGUGCUUGGGCUUCACCAUCCCUUCAUGCUCAGGAACCUCUCAGGAGUGUGAGCCUUUUGUUUAAGAGUCUCUACUUUGUAUGCAAGCAGGACCUUAUAAGGGCUGCUGUGGGUGGGGCAACACGUAGUUGCAAAGCAUGUGGGUUGGGUGGGUACCAUUCCCCAAUAAAGAUGGCACUUAUUGAGAAAUUGCCCAGGGCUUUAGCACCUCUUGCUGUGCCAAUAGUAACAUAUGUUAAUUCAACCUGAUGACAUUUGGCAGGAUCAUGGUGCCACAGCCAGGCUGCACUUCCCUAUUUGGGGUGGGGAUGGGGGAGGGGGGGUAGCUCCAUGUCAGAGCGUAAGGUAUGUGUCUGUGAUGUAAGGUGUUGCAUGUGAAACUUUGACCUUGUACAUGUAGUUUUUAGUGGAGAAAUCAAGGCUCUGACAUUUUUGUUUCUAGUCUGAAAUGUGAUUUUCCUUUUCGUUUGUAACUCUCCAUCCCAGUGAGCUUGUAGCAGGAAGGUAGGGGGAGAGUGUGUGCUAAUGAGGGAAACACCAAAGAUCAACGUCAUUAAAAUAUGAC